AUGGCGUUAAGAACCGCUGGCAGAAAACCCUCUUUCGAUGUUCUCCGCCACCGUGAUGACGACGACGCUGCUGCUGUUCCGAUCAGCAGAGCAGAAUCAGACCCGACGCAAACGACGACGACGCGCAAGAGCCGCAAGCAGAGAAGGAAUAAGAAGAAGAAGGACCAGAAGCUUCUAGAAUCUUCUCCUAAUGGAAGCGCUUGCAACGGAUUCGAGCUCGGAGCUCGGAAGUUUUACUCCACCGGUAGCGUAACGUCGGUGGAUGAAGAGGACUCAGAGGAGAGUGCGGCGAGCGUUUGUACUGGUCCGGCGACCGAGUUUAAUUUUGGUGAACUGAGGCAGAGAGCUGUGAACAGUGGUAGCUCUGAGGAUUUGGCGAAUUCAGCUGCUGUGGCAGUUGACGGCGGAGGGAAGGAUGAUGGUGGUGCGAAGGCGAGUCCGAUUGAGAAUCCAAAGCUGACGAAUGAGAAUGAUCGGAACGGUGGUGUUGCGAAGUUGGAGACUGUGGAAUCGUUGGAUUGGAGGCGUGUCAUGGCAGAAGGUCCGAAUUAUGUAUUUUUGGUGGAUAAAUCUCCUCUAGCAUACUUCUUGGAAGAAAUGCACAAUGGAAAUUCUUUACGGAGUACAACACUUGGAAAUGAAAAGAACGAGACAGAGUCUAUGACA